AUGUUAAAUUCAGAUGGAAGUGGUUAUAUUGAUAAAGAAAAACUUCAUCAUCUAUGUCCUCAUUUAUCGUCAUUGGAAAUUGAUACAAUAUUUAAUGAUUUUGAUAAUGAUCAUGAUAAUCGUAUUUGUUUAAAAGAACUUCUACAAUCAAAUAAUUAUCCUUAUGAAUUAUCCAAACAGAAUGUAUUCAAUCAUGACUAUAAAACCAAAAAUAUAGUACCACAUACGCAGAUCAAUGAAAUAUUCAAUAGUCUUAACUGUCAAGAGCAAAUCUUUGAAUUUUAUGAAACACUUCGAAAUGGUUCAAGUGAAACAAUUCCACAAUUUCAAAAUAUUCUCGAAGUAUUUGUUUGUGAUAUUCUUAAAUAUCGUAAAGAAAUCAAAGGAUUAGAAGAUUCCUAUAAACGUGAAAAAGAUACACAUGAAAAAUAUUUAAAACAUAUUGAAGAAGUUCAAGAACAAGAUAUGCUUCAUUUAGAAGAUACAAUACGAGAAGAAGAACGGAAUAGUUUUGAUCAUGAACGUGAAUUGUAUCAACAACGUUCAGCGAAAGAAAUCAAUGAAUUAAAAUCAACUAUUCAACGUUUACAAACAAUUGAACAACGUUUUACUGCUCGUAAAAAUGAAGAAGAUUCUUCUGCAAUACCAUUACGUGAAGAAAUAGCUAAACUAAUAGAAGAAAAUCAAACACUUAAUGCAUCUUUAAAUGAAACAUUGACAACAAAUGCAAUAUUACAAAGUGACAUACAAUCAUUUAAAACUCAAUUAAAUGAAAGACAAACCAUGCUUUUACAAGAAAAACAAUCGUCAUCAAGCAAUCAUAGAGAAAGAGACGCAUUACAAACAAAUGUUCGUCAUCUUGUAGAAGUUAAUAAACAACUUCGUGAUGAAAAUGAUUCAUUACGUGCAGUUAUUGAAACAAAUAAAUCGCAUAAUAAUUCUCAAAAACAUAGUCUUCUACAAGUUGGACGUUUAGUAUCAACAGCUGGUUCAACGAUUGGUAAUUAUUGGAAUAAAUCAAAAAUAGAUAGUGUAAAUAGUCCAUAUAGUCCAUCACCAUCGUAUACGAUGUCUGGAAAUCAACGAAAAUUUGCUUCAUUCGACCUGGAAUCAUGCGAUGAAAUAGGUAUACUUGAAAAUAAAUCUCGAGCAUUGAACAAAGUAGAUGUUAAUAUUGCACCAAAACAAAUGUUAUCCAUGGCUACGGUUUCUACUGUUGAUACUUUCACUGACGAUAACAAUACUAUGAAUGAUAGUGGAUUGUCAUUGGCAACAGGUCUCACAGCAACUGAAGUUGAAUCAGAACGUGAUAUACAAGUAAAUAAAAAACCAUCACUCGCCAAUACUAAACAAUAUCGAUCAUUACUGACCAAACGAACUACUGACGAUACAGAUUCAGAUGAUGUUUUUGUUGAGGUUUCACUUGAUCGUAAUAAUACUAAACGACAAUCUCAACCGCGACCACCAAAACGAGCGAAUGCCAAUGGAAAUUCAUCAGGAAAACAAUCAGCUACUCAAUCACCUGCGUUGACACGUGCGGAUAAAUCAUUAGCAUUUAGUGCACAAGAUGCACUCUCAUUCGAUCGCAUGUUUAAAGUUGUCUUUUGUGGUGAUGCUGCUGUUGGUAAAAGUACAUUGAUUAUGCGUUUAUGUAAAGGAAAAUUUGAAUCAUCUGCUAAUGCAACAUUGGGUGUCGAUUUUCAAAAUAAACAAAUUGAAGUUGAUGGUAAACGUGUAGCUCUACAAUUAUGGGAUACAGCUGGACAAGAAAGAUUUCGUAGUAUUGCCAAAUCAUAUUUUCGUCGAUGUGAUGGUGUUAUUCUUGUUUAUGAUGCAACAUAUGAACGAUCAUUUUUAAAUGUUCGUGAAUGGAUUGAUACAAUAACAGAUUCAACACCAAAAAAAGUUUCAGUUAUGAUAGUUGCAAAUAAAAUUGAUUUAAGAGAUCAAAUGCGCGCAGAAGGAAAACGUGUUAUUGAAAAAGCAGAAGGCAUCAAAUUAGCUAAGGAAUAUAAAGCAUUAUUUAUUGAAACAAGUGCAAAAGAUGGUACAAAUUCUGAAGCAACACUUGUUGAAUUAGCUCGAGAUAUGCAAUGCAACGAAGAUUUAGAACGUUUUCGUACAGUUGGAAUAGAUUUGGAUAAAAAGACAUCGAAAAAAUCUACCUGUUGUUAA